AUGGGAUCUGAUGAUCAGAUUUUGAAAGCAUUAUAUAAAUUGGCAAUUCAAAAGCCAUUUAGAUAGGUUGUUCAAGAUUUUGGUCGACCAACUCUUGCACAAGUGCAUUUUAGAAAAUUAAUUAGAUCAAUUGACCCUUCAAUUACAAUAACAGAUUGUGAUAGAUUUUAUUAGAAAGCUUUGAUUGAUUAUAAAAGUUUAGUUGGAUUGACAGUAGAAAUCCUAGAGAAAUUAACAGAAAAUUAAGAAAAGAUUGAACUAGUAUUAUCUAAAUAAGACUUAUAAACAAUUACAAUAAUAAUUCAAAAUUAUCGAGCCAAAAGACUUGAUAUAGAAAGAGUAUUCAAAUUCUUUGAUAAAAACAGAGAUCUAGCAUUAGAAGAAAGAGAAUCAAAAGAACUUAUUGAAUUUUUCCACACUUCAAUUACACCUUAAGAAUAUCAAUCACUUAAAAAAUAAAUUGGAAAUUUAAAAUUCUCAUGUGAUCAUUUAAGAUAAUUGUUUCAACAAUGGGAAUAAAUAGUAGAUAAUUAAAAUAAAAAUCCAUAAUAAGAAUAAGUUAAAUAUACUAUAAGAUAAUAAAUGGAAGAAAAACAAUAAUAAGAUGAACCAGUUUAAGCCCCUGUACCUGUUGAAGAUGUUGAAUAAUAAGAAGUAAAAGAUGAUGAAGUUGAUUUUGCUGAUUUCUUAAAUAUUGAUUUACAUAUUACAGGUGCAAAAGAAUUAGUAAAAAUAAGAGAGGAAUUAAGAAAAUCAAAAUAAGUAUUUGUUGAUAAAGAGUUUCCAGCAUCAGUAAGAAGUUUAGGAAUGAAAUUUUGUUAAUUGUCAUGGAAAAGAAUGAGUGACAUUUUUUAAACUAAUCUAAAAAUGUUUAAUGUAGAUGAUUCAUAAGAAAGUAGAGUUGGAUUAGGAAAAUGGAUCUCUCAUAGAGAUAUUAAAUAAGGAAUUCUUGGAGAUUGUUACUUUUUAUCUUCAAUAAGUACAAUAGCAUGUAGAUGGUAUUAAAUAAAUUAUUUAUCUAAGGCCUGAAGUAAUUAAGGAUCUAUUCAUAAGUUAAAGAGUAAAUAAUGAAAAAUUAUAUGCUGUUAGAUUAUGUUUAGAUGGUGAAUGGAAAGUUGUGAUAUUGGAUGACUUUAUUCCUGUUAAUAGUUAGGGUAAUCCAGCAUUUUCUAAGAAUGCAGGUUCAGAAAUGUGGGUUGCAUUAUUAGAAAAAGCUUGGGCUAAAAUGAAUAUAGAUUACACUGAUAUAGAAGGUGGUGAUCCUAGGGAAGUUAUUAAAAGUAUAACAGGUGGUCCCACUUGGAUUGUAUUUACUAAUGCAGCUGAUUUCAAAUAAUAAUUACAAAAAUGUUCAGAUAUGAAAUGUGUUAUGACAAGUGGUACAUUUGGAUCAAAUCCUAAUUACACUAAUUAUGGUUUAGAACCUGGACAUGCUUAUUCAUUAUUAAAAGUAUAUAAUGUGACACAUCCUACAAAAGGAGAAGUUACUCUUUUAAAAAUUAGAAAUCCAUGGGGAAAUAAAGAAUGGAAUGGUGAUUGGAGUGAUGGAAGUUCAUUAUGGACAGAAGAUUUGAAAUAAUAAGUCAAAUUUGGUAAGAAAGAGGAUGAUGGAAUCUUUUUUAUGGAAAUCAAAGAUUUUUAAAGAUACUUCUAAGCAAUUUUUGUUGGUUAUUUUAGAAAGGAAUAUUUAUACAAUUCUAUUAAAUAAAUGGCUAAAAAGACUAAGACUAUUCAAUAUGAUAUUGAUAUUCAAAAUGAUGGAGAAUACUAUUUCACAGUUCAUCAAGAGGCAUUGAGAAGAUAUAAAUUGAAUAAAGAUAUUAAAUAUGAAUAUUCAUAUGUUCGAAUUUUAUUAGCUAAAACUACAGGUAAAGGAGAAUAUUAAUUCAUUGAUUAAAAGUAAUAAAAAGAUAUUGAAGUUCAUUUAGGAGGUUAAUUGACAAAAGGUAAAUAUUCAGUUUAAAUUAAAAUUAAAUGGGCUGUUCCAACUUGGAAUGAACAUGAAUAUUAAUUUAGUGUUUAUGGAUCAGAAUUUUUGAGACCAAAAUAAGUUCCAAGAGAUGCUGAAUUAAGAAAAGCAGUUAUGUUAUAAGUAGCUAGAGAAAACAAAAACUUAUAACAAUUAACCACUGGAUUAUUUUGUGCUAUGGAAACAGUUGUUUCUAAAGGGUAUUAUAUUUUUGUAUAUUCAUUUUAGAUUAGGCUAUUUUUAUUAUAAGAAUACUUCAUAAAAAACAUUCAAAUUAAAGAACACAUUAACUAAUAAGUAAGGUGUUAAAUUCUUAAAGCCUGAAAUUGGAGAUAACUAUUUAUUAGAGUUGGCUCCAGGAGAAGAUAAAAUUGUACUCUGCAGUCUAGAUCCAAGUGGUGUUGCUUUCACACCAAAGCAUCAAUUGGUCUAAUGAAA